AGAGUCCCCUAGUGGCAUUUGACAAUUCCAAAAUUACCUAUUGCAUACAAGGGUAUUGUAUGUCCCGUCUUGAGCUUUCUAAAUUUAUAAUGUACACCAAACAUGAGGAAACGCAACAAAUAAGCUUCACUUUAUUUUAACAGUGCCAAUUAACUUCAUGUCUUUCCGUUGGUAUGUAGUUGGAUCGAUGCUUCGCUUCAUCCGUGCUCCUUGGAAAACUUUGUCAAUUAUGUGUAAGAGGAUAACAUGCUUUAACUUCUACACUUCGGUGCUAAGCAUCACUAUGGGAAAACAAACACGGCUCUGAAUAUUUUGUGUUCUUUCUUGAGCUUUCAGAGCCCCUGAUUGUCCUAAAAAGGAGGAUAAAAAUAUAACAGAAGAGAAAUGAUAGGAAUAUUUUGAAACUUGAAAAUGCCCCGCCAAUUCGUCAAACCAUAGUCUUCCUAUGGAGGAAGUUUCUUAUGUGUUCUUGUUGGUAAAUUUCUGCUCCUACUUGAGCAUUGCAUUGGUAAAACUUGAGUUGGAAACUCAUAAUUAUUGUCGAUCUAGGUCAGGUAUUUAUGUUGUUUCUGCAUGUGCCAUGUGAUGAUUGUGUGGUGAUGUUUGCCCUGACUCGAACAAUGGAUGUGCUUGCAGUGUAAUAUGUUAAAAAAUCUGAUUUCUGUGUUUCAGCACAUAAGAGAACACUUUAAGCUGAUUUAUUCUGCAUGAAAUUUCCUUAUUAGCAAGCUCAAUAGUCUUUAUAGUGGAUAUUGGACUCGGUUGUUCUGAGAGAGUCGGCACUAUUAUUUCCUUGAUAAAUAUUCACCUUGAUACUCAUCUUUGUGUAACCUGUCGAAGGAUCUAUUGCUAGUUUUGCAGUACCUUGAAGAUAGAUGGCAAUUUUGGCCUCUUUGAAAUAUGAGUGGCUACCUUUGUCAUCAGGUAUCCUGUGGGUGGGAGAUGAUCUGAUGGAUUUACCUUUUUUAAAUUGUGGGUUUGAAUUGUGUAACAGCAAUCUAUGAAUUAUCCUUUAGCCACUAUGAAGAUCAAUUCGUAAAAUAAUAAGUGUUUUGUGUGGUUCUACAUUACUUGUAGUAUCUCUUUGAAUUAAUUUAUGUAUUUUUUGCCUGCUAAUUUCACCUAUAUGCAGGCUGUGGCAGGAUUUAUGUCUCAAGCUGUGGAGAGAUCAGUGUCCUUCAGCCCCUCUCAAAUGGUUCUUACCGCUGGUGCAACUCCUGCGCUUGAGAUACUGAGCUUCUGCCUAGCUGAUCCUGGAAAUGCGUUUCUUGUUCCCUCACCAUAUUAUCCCGAUCUUGAUAGGGAUGUCAAAUGGCGAACUGGGGUGGAGAUUAUACCUGUUCCUUGCCGCAGUGCAGACAACUUUAGCUUGAGCAUUGAUGCUCUUGACCGAGCACUUAAUCAAGCUAAGAAACGUGGUCUUAAAGUACGAGGCAUUAUUAUUUCUAACCCCUCAAAUCCCGUUGGCAAUCUGUUCACUAGGGAGACACUUUAUAACCUCUUAGAUUUUGCAACUGAGAAGAACAUCCACGUAAUAUCCAAUGAAAUCUUGGCUGGGUCUUAUGGAAGUGAAGAGUUUGUCAGCAUAGCAGAGAUAAUUGAUUCUGAAGAUUUUGACCGGAACAGGGUCCACACUGUCUACGGUCUCUCUAAGGACCUGUCUCUUCCUGGUUUUGGGGUGGGGGUCAUCUAUUCUUGCAAUGAAAAUGUUCUAGCUGCUGCAAAAAAGUUGACAAGAUUCUCAUCCAUUUCAGUGCCAACACAGCAUUUGCUUAUUCAGAUGCUAUCAGAUGCAAAAUUUAUGCAACAAUUUAUCAAAAAGAAUAGAGAGAGGCUUAAAAGGAUGUAUUCUCUGUUUGUUAGUGGAUUGAAGCAGCUGGGAAUUGAGUGCACCAAAAGUAGCGGGGGCUUCUACUGUUGGGCUGACAUGAGCAGGUUGAUUCGAUCGUAUAGUGAAAAGGGGGAGAUUGAGCUUUGGGAUAAGCUACUAAAUGUAGCUAAGAUCAAUGUAACUCCUGGUUCUUCCUGCCACUGCGUUGAACCUGGGUGGUUCAGGUUAUGUUUUACGACCUUAAGUGAGAAGGAUAUUUCCAGAGUUAUGCAACGUAUUCAGAAAGUUUUGGAGAUGCGCAGGUCUCUGAGUUAAGUUGCUAAUCACACGAUCCUUUACUCAUAGUCAACCGUAAGCCAAAACUUUGGCAGGGAUGAGGUCACACAUGAGAUAGCUUUGAAUGGUUCAACUUGGUGCUCAAUGUUCUGAUAAUGAGAUCAGGAUGCAGCAUCUGGAACCAAAUGCAGAGAAAACCAAAAAUGUCAGAUUGUAAUGCAGAGGAUUUGUCAAUUGUGUACUUGGUCCUCUCCCACGCCAUUCGCAAAUGCGUUCCUCCAAGUUUUUGUGGGGUUUGACCUGCCUCGGGGUUCCAGAGAUUGUAGACAGGUGAAUUAGCAAUCAGCAUUGAUGCAAGGGCAAGCAUAUAGCAUGUAGAAAUUGGUAUCAAAUGAAAUUCUUUUCCAAAUUUAAUGUGCAUAGUCAAUAAGUAUGGUCUGAAAGCUUAUUUUUCUUUUUAUUCCCCCUUGUUGUAUAGUUACAGGUACAUGUACCGACUCAUUAUUUGUUCACAUUCAUUCUUGUGUUAGUAGUAGAUAAUGUUAUUUGAGAAAUGAAUUGAUUUCUUACA